CAGCGAACAUCCAUCAAUCAGCUGCCAUAAAUCUGUUUCAAUCCCUUCGAGACGCACUAAAAUGAAGUUCCUUGCCCUGAGUCUCGCCCUGAUCUCCGUGAUCUCCUGCUCUCUGGCCAUCCCUGUGGAUUUCGACAAUGGAGAACCACUGACACUCUUGGAAUUGGAGGCGCAACAGGAGCCACAAGUGGAUGAACUGGAGGGCGAGAGAGUGGUACGAGGACUAGGAGGACUGGGAGGACUUGGCGGCAAGUUCGGCGGUUUCGGAGGACUCGGCGGCUUGAAGGGAGGAUUCGGUGGUCUGGGACACGGCUUUGGCGGUGGAUUUGGAGGACACGGUUUCGGAGGCGGCUUCGGUGGACUCGGCAGCUUCAAGAGCCUAUUCGGCAAGAAAUUCCGCUAGAGCAACAGCACUCACCCAAAUUAUAGUCUAAGAGUUUCGUAAUAAAGCUUAGUUAAGUAACAUUAAAA